AUGGACAUCUUUGGCACUGCAGUCACAGCCAUCCAUGAGAUCUACACAAUCACUGUUUUUAUCAAGGGUGUCGUGUCGGAUGCGAAGAAUUAUGACGCCGAUAAGGCAAACAUUUUAGCCAAGGUUGACCAUGAAUUCCUGUUCCUCGAAUCAUUCAAAGCCCUCUUCUUUGACGAUGAUGGGGCGUUAAUGGCUAACGAGCAACUUCCGAUUAAUUUAAAGCGGGAUGUGAGCAAUAUCUUACACGCGUUGAAGAGUUGUCUUGCUGAGUAUGGCUUGUUGGCGGCGAAGCAUAACAUACUGUUAGAUGAUAGUGAAGUUCCAGAAUGCGAGGAUAUAUCCACUACCACGGCUGCAAAGAUUACGUCAAAGUCAGAGUGGUUCAAAAGCAAGAUGUUGGAGCUAAAGGACCUGAAGAAGAGAUCGUUGGAUUGGGCCUUAUUCGACAAAGACAAGCUCCUCAACAUAUUGGUGAAAUACAAUCAAUGGACUGAGAGACUCCGGCAGACUAUGUCUCUUAUGCUUUUGGUCUCUGCCGUCUUCGGAAACACGAAGCUAAAGACGUUCUCAGACAGCAAAGCUGCAAGGGAUUUAGGUCUCCAAAGAGUGGCUAAGCGCCAAUUGUUAGCUAAAGCCAGCCCACCCGAUACUUUCAAGGCUCUAAAUGGACAAAUCAUCGAAGCAACCGACUCAAUGACAGAUUCAAGCCUACAGGUUGCGGACUACAUGGAUGAAUGGGAGAGCACCACCAGAAUGAUUGUUGAAUACCGCGAGUAUAGUUCUUCGUUGGUGCAAGCAACGGAAAUGAACAAUACGAAGGCUCUUCAGGAACUGAAGGCUCCUAUCCAUAACUUGGCCUGGCUGCUUCGGAGCUCCUUUCUCUCUGAUGCUAACGCUGGGAGUUUAAAUGAUGGUACAAAUCAGAGCAUGUUCACGUUGGAAUGCGUAGGCUACAUUGAUCAACCUGAUGAGCACCAAACAAUCUUUCUCUACCAGCCUCCCCGCUCCGUCGCCAGCCAAAACCAGACAUUAGAGAUCAUCACUCUUCACGAUCUCAUCAGGAGCGGAAAUCGUCAAUUCUAUUUGGGACACAGGUUCUUUAUGGCCUAUGCCCUCGCCACGACAAUUUUGUAUGUCCAUGGAUCCGGUUGGGUACACAAAAAUAUUUCUAGUCACGGUGUGACCGUCUUUCCUGUCAGAAAACUAGUUGUUUCAGGUUCUAAUGGUAGAGAUUUCGACCAUAUUCCAUACCUCACUGGUUGGGGUUUCGCAAGACCAGAACUCGGAGGGACAGAACUACUGCAAGACUUUGAAGUGGAACCCAACUUCUACCGGCACCCUGCUCGACAGGGUAAUCCAGGCUCUGCUUUUACAAAGGAACACGACAUUUACGCAUUAGGUGUCGUUCUGUUGGAAAUCGGCCUUUGGAAGACCAUCUCUGAGCUCUUCGCCAAACAGAUCAGGAUAGCAGAAGACAGGCAGGAACUACCACCGAAGAAAACUAUCCGAAAAUGGCUACUUGAUUUGGCGAAUGCGAGCCUAGCAGAGCGGAUGGGCAAAACGUAUACCAGUGCAGUUUUGGCAUGCUUGAGUGGGGACUUUGGCGUGGAAAGCGAUGAUGAACACAAGACAGGCCUUUCGGUGGCUUUUCGUGAGAAGAUUAUAGAUGCAAUCCGAAUCGGCAUGGCACUUUGA